AUGCUUCUUGAACAGUGCGCCACCCGUUACCCUCCUUUUCUCUUUUAUCUCUCUCUCUCCUCUUCACUAAUCUCACUUUCAAAUCUCAAAACUCCCCAAUCUCUUCUUUCUCUCUCUCUCUCUCUUCCUACUUCUUUAGAGAAUUUCCAUUGUUGGGUCUUCUCAAUAUCUCUAAUGGGUGCUUGUUUGAGCAAAAAGAAGAAGACUUUACCUUCAAUUUCUUCCACCUCUGUACCUUCACCUCCAGAUCCCACCUCUUCCAAUGUCUGCACCAAACCCAUCAUUCCAAUUUCUCAGCCUCCUACCACUGAUGUGCAACUCAAGACCUGCAACAAAACUGGGGAGGAAAAUGGUGAGAGGAAAGAAGAAAGAAGUGAGUACCCUGUGAAGAAGGAGGUUUUUGUGAUUAAGCACAGAAAAAGCCAUGAUGGAAGAGAUAAGAAUGGGGGUUCUCUUGUUCCAUGUCAAGAGGGGAAUGGUCAUAUUUUCUCUGCUGCUACUCCUACUGUGUCUUCUUCUUCCUGUGAAAUUUUGGAGUCUGGAGCUGUGGGGGAAAAUAUGAAGGUGGGUUUGGUCAGAACUUCGAGCUGUACUAAAGAGGAAGUUGAUGCUAUUUUGAUUCAGUGUGGUAGAUUGAGUCGGAGUUCGUCUGCUAAGGGUAAUGGAAGAAAGUACUCUGGUUCGAAGAGAAGCUAUGAUUUUGAUCAUUGUGAUAGAGAUGGUGUUAACUCUGGCAAUUUUGGUGAUGAAGAUGAAGAUGGGAGGAAUCUUAAUUCUGUUGAGGUUUAUGAUGAUGGAACUCCAGUGGAGAAACGUCACCACCAGAGGCAGCGCCACCGCCAAUCUCCAAGGCACUCUUCCUCUCAAGGGAGGAGGAGGACCCCAAGUAGGGAGAGAGAUCAGAAUCAACGGUCCAGCAGUAGAGAGAGGCGUGUCAGCAGGUCGCCUGGUCGACGGUCGGCGGAGCCCUCUGCAACAAAUGUUUCGAAUAAUACUUCCAAUGUCAAUGCCAAUACCAAUAAUGGUGGUGUUCUCAAUCGGCCAGCAAAAAUGGUUUCAGUCCCAGCAACGGUCUCUCAUGUGGAAACGGAUAAGAACAACAGUGCCAAUGGUGGUUGUGGUGGGAAUGAUUCAGCGACUGUGACGGGCGUUAAGAGGAUAUCGGUUAAAAGAAACGUUGGCGAGGCCACGGCCAUGGCAGGUUCAAGGGUUGCUUCAUCACCUCGUUCACAGUCUCCUGCAAGGAACAGUGGAAAUGUUAAAGCUUCCGACGAAAAUCAGCAGCAGCCAUCUCUUAGCCGCAGCUCAUCAAGAAAAGCAGAGCAAUCUCCUUAUCGAAGAAACCCAUUGAGUGAGAUUGAUACUAAUUCACAACAACACAACAGGAUUCAAAACAGAAGCAAAAAGGAAACUGAAGAAGUGACUGCUAAAGACUGCAUUAAUGGAGUAAACCAGAAGCCAAAAACUGAUUCCAAAAGUGUUAAUAAAGUAAUAGUUUCCCAAGUGAAUGGCAGCAAACCCAGCAGCACUGCCACUACUACAAGAGGUGUCGUGAAUAUUAUAACCUCCACAACACCAUUGUCAAACACGGAGGUACUUGUUGUAGAGCACCAGAAACCCCAGGGACUGGCAAGGAGCAGAUCAGCAAGGCACUCCAGAGAACUGGAUAUCAAUCCAGAAACUUUAUUAAAUCAGAGUCACACACCAUCUUACACUAAGAUGUUGCUUCAAGACAUUCAGAAUUUCCAUCAAAAGAAUACCAAUACCAACCCAGUUUCUCUUCCAGCUUGUGUAACCAAGGCAUGCUCCAUUGUUGAAGCAGUUGCUGAUCUCAAUUCAACUACAAGUUCUAAUUUCUCCUGUGCUUUCUCUGAGGAUAGAAGCAAUCCACCAACAUACCAAUCCAGUAGAAAUGAGUAUAGUGUUCCUUACAGUGGAAAUCUGAAGGGCACUGCUGAACUCAGAGACCCUUUUGUUGAAUCAGAAGUUAUGAUGGAUGACGAUAUACUGGAACCAAGCUUUCAUAAGUACGUGACAGUGAGAAGGGGUGGCCCUGUGGUUGCUGCUGGAGGGGGAGAUACAGAUGAUCAAGAAUCCUCAGGUAGCAACAGUUAUGUGGGCAGUGUUCAACAGCAGCACCACUGGGGCAUUUCAACUGCCUCUUGGGAACCCAACACUGCUGAUUCAAAUGACUCCAGGACAUCAAGACAGCACACCAAAGAGGAAGGCCAUCCACAUUUGCAAUCAAAACCAGGGCUUGACAGAGAUGAUAACAGACGGCGAGCUGAAAGAAGGAGAGACUCCGAUGCCCAAAGAACUGGCAUUGGCCGUGGUAGACUUGGCAAUGCUGGUAAAGUUGUUCAUACAAUUGCUGUUGCAGCCACUGGCUCCACCUGAUCAGAAUUGUAUAGAUCUCUCCACUUUUCCAUUUGCCUGUUUCUUUUUGUUGUCUUUUUCCAUUCUUCUUUUCAUGUUGUGAAAAGUAGGGUUUUACUUAUGUAUUAGUAUUCAGUUGCAAACUUGCAACCAUUUCUCAUGUUCCUAUAUUAUCACUCAUUAUUCUUCCACUC